AUGGAGCCGAUGACAUGGGAUUACAUCUUAAAGUACGUCAUAGUCGGUGAUGCCGCAGUUGGCAAAUCAGCCCUUCUCCUACGUCUGACAGAUGAUCGAUUUGCUUUGACGGAGCCAACAUUGGGGGUGGAGUUCGGAAGUCGUAUCCUCUCAAUAGGCGAAGAAGGAAAACGGGUCAAAGUUCAAUGCUGGGACACUGCUGGGACGGAGAGCUUUCGAUCCAUCACAAGAUCUUACUUUCGGGGAGCUGCCGGGGCGCUGUUGGUGUACGAUGUCACUAGGCGAGAAACUUUCGAACAUGUAACUUCUUGGUUGCAUGACUUGCAGGAACAUGCCGAUGAGAACGUUUGCAUUAUUCUGGUCGCAAACAAGACCGAUCUUAUUUCUCGUGACCCACUUACUCAUAUCUCCGCUCUUCCAUCUUCGGCCACCAGUCUACCGGUGGAAUCCCCGUCAUCAUUACCUUCAUCUCGCCUCCUUUCUGGCGACAAUGCAUCCCCACAUGGUAACCUGAAUGCCCAAACCUCCGAAUGCAAUGUGGAGGGCGCAAUGCCAAGACAAGUGACUGAGAAGGAAGGCAGGGAAUUUGCAAAUCGUAAUGGAUUGUUGUACGUGGAAACUUCUGCCAAAGAGGGAUGGAAUGUGGUCAAUGCCUUCGAGUGGACUGCAAGAGAGGUUUUAACACGGAUAAAUAAGUCAGAGAUGGAAAGAAAGAAGAAGCGGGGUGGUCCGAUUAAACUCGACGACAGGGACCGAUCGCGCGGUUGUUGCUGA